AUGGAAGGUGAGUUGGCAGGGCCAAGUUAUGGUGCUGCGACGACGGAACCCCCUGGAUUGUCGCAAGCGAAUCAGCAGCCUUCAGGUACCAAUGUCGUGAUGAAUGGUGUCGUGGAGGAUCCGCAAGCGGCUCCGGGACCUCAGGAGACUUUGGGGGGCCAAGUGCCCCCACAGCCUCUUCCUCAGACGCCUGAGCCUGCUGCACCUAGGGUGUUGGAGCAUACUUUGCCGGAGCUUCCUGGUGUGCAACUACGGGGAUCAAGUGUGCCUUUGCAGGAGUCUGAGCCCACCUUUGUGCAGGCACAGCAACGUGUUGAAGUCAGCGGGUUUGAGUUUUCUCCUCCCGAAGAGCUGCCUCCUGGAUCUCGCUCGCCUGGUGCGGGUACGGGGAAUCAGGGUGUGUGGUUUAUGAGACUUCAGGAGUUUGUGCAGAAAAGGGUGAGCCAGGCCAGUGCGGCUAUGAUGACUCCUCUUAUCGAGGCAAGACAGCGAUCACCUGCUCAGGUGGCUCAAGCCACUACUCCGAGGCCUCCGAGAUUGUUUACACCGGAGGCCGAGCAAGCGAUGCAACAGUGGUCACGACGAGCCCCGCAUUUGUAUACUCCAGAACAACGGCGGGACAGUUCCUCGAGCGGCUCCCUUACCCAGGAGCAGAUGCUUGCGGAAGUUCAGAAGCAGGUGAAGAUGGAGAUGAGAUCUCAUGAGGAACAACGACAAGUUCUUGUAGAAGAGAACCAGCAGCUCAAGGUGAUGUUGGAGCGCCUGUUGACUCAGGUUCAGAACCAGGCCGCCGAGGACCAAGGAGAUGAGGUGAAUCGUGGAAUUCCGGUGGGACUUCAGGGUUCCGGCGAGGAAGCAAUCCUGCCGGACUACGUGCCCCUCCUGCUGGUGCUGGAGGAUAUCCUUGUAAUGUCCAACCUGGCGGCCAAGCUGCGAGGCGUGAUGAAGUAUCUGGAGGCGAUCCUCAGAACGUAUAUGAAGGCCGUGCAAGUGCAGGAGGAGAUCCACUUGGUGUUCUUGGCGGAGCGAAGCCGAGGACUGAGCCUACGCAUGGAGCUGGAUCGGUACCUACACGGGCUACAGCGCGAGGGGAAAGUUUGCCUACUACCCAAGGAGCAACCGCUCCUGGACCCGAUUGGGACGCUAGUGCAAGGAAUGGCCCAGCUCCAGACGGCGAUGUCGGAGAGCUUGAGCACAAGGUCGAAGGAGCCGGAAGUCGUGAAGCCCGGGCUCUCUGAGCUUCCGCGUUUAGCGGAUCUCUCCAACAACUCGGCAAUAGAUGUGGGAGAUUGGCUACAUGGGCUUCAGAACCACAUGGGUGACCUCUCGAAUGGUUCGGGUCAGUGGUGGACCGAAGUUCUGCAGUGCCUUACUAGUUACUAUGAUGCCUACUUGAAGGCCUCCCAUGUUGGCAAGCUCACCUUGAAGGCUGAGGACUAUGAGACGGCAUUCCUCAAGGACUCGCGGUGGACGAGGGUUGACAAAAGGGCGUCGUCGAUGAUCCUGACCAGUUUGCCUACCAAGGUGAAGGAUGAAGUGCUCUCGAUGAGACUCGUGGGCACUUUGCCUACGUUGUGCCGGGUGAUGGUGCUGUAUCGACCGGGGUCGUUGGCGGAGCGCCAACAGAUUCUGAGAGCACUGGAGCAACCAACGGUGGCCCAGACCGCUUCUGAGGCUGUCGAUGAGCUCCGGAAAUGGGGCAGAUGGAUGGGUCGCGCAACCGACCUCGGCGUGCAAACGCCGGACCCAAGCAUCCUCGUCCGUGGCUUGGAUGUGAUCGUCAAGAAGAUCCUGCCGGAGAACCAGGACAUUGCCUUUCGAGUGUCGAUGUUGAGAUACACGUUGGAGGUAGACACCCGACCAACUGAACGUGGAGCACGUGAUCUUCAACAGGCCCUGAUGAGUGAGCUAGAGCAGAUUGCCUACCGUAGCAGACCUGCAAGCUCGGGUACACCAUUCGUGAAGGCAGCAAUGACAACGCCGCCUCCGCCGCCACCCAAGCCCAGCACCGAGGCUGGGGGUAAUACUGUUCAGCCAAAGGCCAAGGCUAAGACUCCGUGCCGCUUCUACCUGACGGACAAGGGUGAUCGCGGAGCCCAAGGUGACUCCUUCCUCCUCGACUACCGGUACGGCGACCACUACUCCGCAGCCCAACAGCAGCUCUGUGCCAUCGACUCCUUGAUUCGGGCAACGGACCAUGAGAUUGAGGCCGCUGACCAAGUGCAUGUUCAGCUAGCGGACGGCAAGGAGAUUGUUUUGGCCCAAAGUCCGAGUGGAACGCUGCUGACACGAAAGGCAGCUCGCGGCUCUUCGGGGCCCAUUGUGCCCCUCGGAGCAUUGGUCCAAGACUUGGGCUGUCAGGUUUCCUGGACAAGGAAGGGCGGGCUCACAAUCCGACAUCCGGAACACGGGCUCAUAAAGCCGAAAGUGGUUGGGCGGUGUCCGGUGGUGGCUGAGUCCCAGGCUCUGGACCUCAUUUACGAGAUCGAGUGCCAGAAGCUUCGGCAGCUUGAGUUCGCUACGAAGGCUACAGCGAAGUCGGUUUGGUUAUGGGAUGUUGAGAAGCCUUGGGCCAGGCACUUGGAUGACUUCGUGAGAGUUGGAGGACGUGGCGCACAGUUGCGUGCUAUGUCGACAGAGGGCUCACCGUUUGGUAAGUGGCCGGAAAUGGACCGAGCGUUGGUGGCUGAGAACGUGGAGCUGGACAACAAAGCGGGAUGGUCCUACCUGAGGGCCCUUCCGGGCUCACGACAGCGGCGAAAGCGAUUGAUGAGCUCGUCGUGGGUGAUCCAUUUGUACUCCGGGCCGGACAAGGGCAUUGACCCGCUGUUUCGCGAGCUUGAUGAUGGCCGUGUUUUUGUACAAGUGGACAUCAAUCGCUCUAAGGCCGAGGACGUGGGGAUGGUUGCUGGUGUCUACAGGGCGCUUUUGUGGGCCGCUGCUACUGGAAGGGUUGAUGGGAUCAUUGGGAGUCCGCCUACCAGAGUGGACUUGGUUCAGAAGAUGAUGUGGUUGAUGAUGGUUGCUAAGGCGGCAAGGGCUCACCAUGGAGGCCAUCCCGUUUUUGCCAUGAUGGAAGGCAAGAAGCUGAUGGACAUCCUACGCAUUGGUGGGGUUGCCAAGUGGUUGUCGGUUACUGAGUCCUGGGAUCCGUUCACCGAGGCUAUGUGCUUGGAAGAGGUGGGCGAGAACUGGUUGCGACCAUGGAGGCGGUGA